AUCGGGGCGGCGGGGUCGAGCGGGGGCGGCGGCUGACAGGCGCUCCUCUGGCGACGGCGGCGGCUGGUGCCCAGGCGGACGGGCGGCCCCCAGCUCGCGGCCCCGCGAGGCGCCAAGGCCGCACUGGGGGAUGGACGAGGGGAAGAUGGACGAGAAUGAAUGGGGGUACCACGGCGAAGGCAACAAGAGCCUGGUGGUGGCCCACGCGCAGCGUUGUGUGGUGCUGCGUUUUCUGAAGUUUCCUCCAAACAGGAAGAAGACCUCGGAGGAGAUCUUUCAGCACCUACAGAGCAUAGUGGACUUCGGCAAAAGUGUCAUGAAAGAGUUUUUGGGGGAGAACUAUGUUCAUUGUGGGGAAGUUGUUCAGCUGCCUUUAGAUUUUGUGAAACAGCUUUGUUUAAAGAUACAGUCUGAAAGACCAGAAUCUCGCUGUGACAAGGACCUGGACACUCUCAGUGGUUAUGCUCUGUGCCUUCCCAAUUUAGCCAGACUUCAGACCUACCAUUUUGCAGAGCACCGGCCCAUUCUGUGUGUAGAAAUCAAGCCAAAAUGUGGGUUUAUUCCUUUCUCCAGUGAUGUUACACAUGAGAUGAAGCAUAAGGUGUGUCGUUACUGCAUGCACCAGCACCUCAAGGUGGCAACUGGGAAGUGGAAGCAGAUAAGUAAAUACUGUCCCCUCGAUCUCUAUUCUGGAAAUAAACAGAGAAUGCACUUUGCCUUGAAAAGCUUGUUACAGGAGGCACAGAACAACUUAAAGAUAUUUAAGAAUGGUGAGCUGAUUUACGGCUGCAAAGAUGCCCGCAGCCCCGUGGCUGACUGGAGUGAGCUCGCGUACCACCUGAAGCCGUUCUUCUUCCCGUCCAACGGCCUGGCCGGUGGGCCGCACUGCACAAGGGCUGUGAUCCGGGAGCUGGUGCGCGUCAUCACGCGGGUGCUGCUGAGCGGCUCAGACAAGGGCCGGGCGGGUGCCCUGAGGCCGGGGCCCGGGCCACGGGGCCCACGUGUCUGCGAAGCCAGCCCUUUCUGCAGGACUCUGCGCCGCCAAGGAAAAAACACCCCGGAGCGCUCAGGGUUACCGAAGGGCUGUCUUCUGUACAAAACCCUCCAGGUGCAGAUGUUGGACCUGCUGGACAUUGAAGGCCUCUACCCACUGUACCGGCGGGUUGAGAGGUACCUGGAGGAGUUUCCUGAGGAGAGAAAAACGUUGCAAAUAGAUGGGCCUUAUGAUGAAGCGUUUUACCAGAAGCUGCUUGAUCUUUCCACUGAGGACGACGGGACAGUGGCCUUCGCACUGACGAAGGUUCAGCAGUACCGGGUCGCCAUGACUGCGAAGGACUGCUCCAUCAUGAUCGCGCUCUCCCCCUGUCUGCAGGACACAAGCUCCGAUCAAAGGCCCAUCGUUCCUUCGUCAAGAUCCAGGUUUGCCUUCUCCGUGUCUGUCCUGGACCUCGACCUCAAGCCCUAUGAGAGCAUCCCUCAUCAGUAUAAACUGGAUGGCAAGAUAGUCAACUACUAUUCAAAGACCAUACAUGCCAAAGACACUGCCAUGAUGUCGACUAGGUUCAAGGAGAGCGAAGAUUGCACGUUAGUCCUCCAUAAGGUCUAACUUUUUCCUUUAGUGUCUUGGAAACUUGAACAUAGAAUGUGAAGGUUGAAUAAUAGAGCUAUUUUCUUUUGUGUUGGGUGACUUUUGGCUGUGAAUGUUUUUGCUUUUUAACCCGUUCAGGUGGGACUGACUGCCUCUGGGAGAUACGCAAGGGAAGAGCCCUAGGAACACCCAGGACAAGGAAGGUCCGACUGGGCCCAGCAGUGUGCUGUGUCUUGGGAGGCCGCCCUAGGCAGGUCUUCUUUCCCACCCAGGGCUCAUGUCUAAUCUCUAAUGCAAAAAGCCUUAUUCUAAGACCCAAGCUUUGGCUCUCCAACCACCAGACUCCUAACAUAGAAAACUUGAAUUGUCACACACAUCUUACAGUUUGGACUUUUAAGAAAACAUGGAUACUACUGGAAGUUUCCCAGCUGAGUUACUUGGUCACUUUUUCAGUGCAAGCCACACGUCAGCACAGGUUUGGUGGUUCCCUGCUGUGGAGAGCGAUGGGUGGUUGUACGGGCAUUGGUUCUGAGCAGCGUGGACUCGGGCCCCUGUGGAAGUGCUGCACCCACCACUCUGCACACGGUCAGCAGGGAGCGUGGGACUCAGGUCAGGGGUGGACACCACUCACGCGAGCAUUGACUUGGUUUUUUUUGCUGAAUGAUUUUAUCUUUAACUUCAGGGGAGACAAGGCAUUUUUUCCCACCUGAAAUUGCUGCUGUGGAAGCUGGAAGCAGAGCUGCCACUCUGAGCUGCUGUGCCCUGGGUGGGUGUCCCAAGGUGGCUGUGCUCCUGCAGCUCUGUGUUCAUGGCUUGUUUGGGUAUUUGGGGAACCUCAGCCAGUUCUGCCAGAGCCAGCAUUGAGUUUUCCCUCCUCACCAUACCUGUUCCUCUCUCGGGUUUCACUGAGCCUUGUGGGGUUUGUGGCCUUGAGUGGUGCUGGGCCACCUCCCUGUCAGGGCUGCCCGAGGCUCUGCUUCUGCAAGAUGAGCGUCUCCUGGCUGGCACCAAGAGGGUUUUUGUUGGGGUCACCAAAAGUGUGCCCGGCUGCUAUUGAAAACUUGGGAAUCCUGGCUUUGGUUUUUUAUUCUAUGGUAGGCUGUACAGAUUGAUUAUUUAUAUCAUCAUUUUGAGGGACUAAUGAAGGCUUACUGUAACGUAAUAUUAUAAUUUUAGUGAAACCAUGGAAUUGUAUGAAAAUGCUACAUGAAAAUUAAGAAUAUUUUGCUGAUUGUAAAUUUUUGUGGGGAAUUUUGUGAUAACUUGAAAAUUACACUUGCUUGAAUCAA